AUGAUGAAGAAGAAGAAACGUCUUGAAGACAAGAAAAAGGAACUUGAUGAGCAGGCUGCUACUGCGCUUGCUGCGAAAAAAUCUAAGCUUCAGAAGGAGACUCCCCCUGCACCUUCGGAGUCAGAGGUUGACUUGGGGGUUUUUAGUGUAAAACAUGGUAACCUUUUGGAGAAGAUAUUUGCCGCUUCUGGUUCCCAGGGUGUUAAAUCGGGUAAGGCUCCCCGUAAGGUUGAUAUUUUAAAGAUUACUCCUCCUAGCUCUCCGCCUUCUAGAAUCUUUGGUCUAUCUCCUCCACAGGCUGAUCCAGGAAAAAGGAAAGAAAGUGAUGUAGAGGUUGAGCAAGUUGGUGAGGGUGGCGCUGGUGCUCGUGAUGGUGGCAAUGAUGGUCGUGGUGGAGGUGGUGGUGGUGGUAAUGGUGGUCGUGGUGGAGGUGUUGACAUUCAAGUGGAAUCGAGCGAGACUACUCCUCACCACACCAUUUACACCAAGGUUGUUCGGGGUUCUGGAGAGGGUGGUGCUUUUAGGACUCACCAUAGUCCAGAAUAUGAACAUGUUCAGGGUGGAUCCUAG